UAUAUUUCAUAUCGAUACAUCCAAUCUCAAAGAUUUAUAGUCUGAGGUUUCCAGUCGUUUCUUCGGCGUGUUUCAACCGUGCUUUAAUAUUGAGAGGAAUUAUAUUUUUUCUUAAAGUGUUUGAUAAAUUAUAAGAAAAAGUGUCGCGAGAAACCAUUUCCAAUACACAGAGGAACGAAGUUCCUUACAAACUCGCGUAUAAACUUCGCAAUCAACCCGACUUAAGAAACGUAACUAAUUUGUCGAGAAUGACUGCAAUUACGGCAAGCGGCGAUGGACGAAAUGCUCAUGGACAAGCUUAUAAAGAUAAAAGUAAGCCAACGGAUAUUCGUAGCAGCAAUAUUAAUGCUGCAAAAGCUGUUAGUGAUGCAAUUCGUACUAGUCUUGGUCCCAGAGGAAUGGAUAAAAUGAUUCAAGCAGGAAAUGGAGAAGUUACAAUUACAAAUGAUGGUGCUACUAUUUUAAAAGAAAUGAAUGUUGUACAUCCUGCAGCAAAAAUGUUAGUUGAAUUAUCAAAAGCACAAGAUGUUGAAGCUGGAGAUGGUACUACUAGUGUUGUUGUCAUAGCUGGUUCCCUUUUGGAAGCUGCAGAACGUUUAUUACAGAAGGGAAUACAUCCUACUUUAAUUAGUGAUUCUUUUCAAAAAGCUGCAGCUAAAGCUGUAGAGAUAUUGACAAAUAUGUCUAUUCCUGUUGAUUUAAGAGAUAAACAAUCAUUAAUUAGAGCUGCAGCAACCUCCUUGAAUUCAAAGGUUGUCUUUCAACAGUCAAGUCUUUUAGCACCAUUAGCUGUAGAUGCAGUAUUAAAAGUUACUGAAGAAGGAAAAGAAAGUACUGUAGAUCUCAAUAAUAUAAAAGUAAUCAAAAAAUUAGGUGGCACAGUUGAAGAUACUGAACUUGUAGAAGGAUUAAUCUUUACACAGAAAUCCUGUAAUGUUAAUGGACCAAAGCGUAUUGAAAAAGCAAAAAUAGGUUUAAUUCAAUUUUGCAUUUCUCCACCUAAAACGGAUAUGGAUCAUAAUGUAAUUGUAUCCGAUUAUGCUGCAAUGGAUCGCGUUUUAAAAGAAGAAAGGACUUAUAUAUUAAAUAUUGUGAAACAAAUUAAAAAAACUGGUUGUAAUGUACUCUUGGUACAAAAAUCUAUUCUUCGUGAUGCUGUUAGUGAUUUAGCUAUACACUUUUUAGAUAAAAUUAAAGUUAUGGUAAUUAAAGAUAUUGAGCGCGAAGAUAUUUCGUUUGUAUGCAAAACAUUAGGUUGCAGACCAAUUGCAUCAUUAGAUCAUUUUGUUGCUGAAAAUCUUGUUAAUGCAGAAUUAUGCGAAGAAGUACAAACCGGAAGCUCUAAAUUUGUUAAGAUUACUAAAAUACAAAAUCCUGGGCCUACAGUAACAGUUCUUGUACGUGGCAGUAACAAAUUGGUUCUAGAAGAAGCAGAACGUUCCCUGCAUGAUGCAUUAUGCGUAGUGCGCUGUUUAGUGAAGCAAAAAGCUUUAAUUGCUGGAGGUGGUGCACCUGAAAUAGAACUUGCAUUAAAAUUAGGAGCAUAUGCCCAAACUUUAACAGGUGUUGAUGCUUAUUGCAUUAAUGCUUUUGCAAACGCAUUUGAGAUAAUUCCAUCAACACUAGCAGAAAAUGCAGGAUUAAAUCCUAUUGCAACUGUAACAGAACUUCGAAAUCGGCAUGCUAAAGGUGAACAUACUACUGGAAUUAAUGUGAGAAAGGGUUCAAUUACUAAUAUUUUAGAAGAAAACGUGAUUCAACCACUUUUAGUUUCUACAAGUGCUAUUACACUUGCUUCAGAAACUGUUCGCAGUAUAUUAAAAAUCGAUGAUAUUGUGAAUACAAAUCAAUAAUUUGUAUCAAAUUUAAAUUGCAAAAUUUAAAUUUUGUCUGGAUUAUAAAAUAUCACAUUACAUUUUUGAUUUCAUAUUUAGCUUCUAAUAUUUUUAUGAUUUAUUAAACUAAUAAAAUCGAAUUGUUUUUUUCAUUGUAUUUUAAAAUAAAAUAAAUCUGCUUUCACAAAACAA